GUUUAGACCUGCUGGGUAUGAUACGUUCGGCUGGCCCUUAGCCUCGAGGUACUGUUAUCAUUUUUUAUAUUUCGUCUUAAAUUAUUUUAUUCCAUGUUCGCUUAUAAUGUUAUACUAUGUGGUGAUAUUUUGCUUUCGUUAUACCACCAAUGUGAGUUGCAAGUGGUCAGGUCACAAUCCUUCUGCUAGCGGGAAGGGACCUCGAGUGCAGAUGUGUAGGCCGAGGAUAGACCUGUUACAAGCUGUGGAUUUUAUUUGGAUGCCGUAUAGCUCUCCUGACGUCCUUCAAGUUGUAAAUCCGGAGGUGUUGGAGCCUCGGCAUACGGCGUUAUGGUGGUGUGUGACGGCAUUGAUAUAUUUCACCGUCAUAGAGUGGCACCAGAUUGAUCGGGUGCUACCGCAGUUUGGUGGAGUACAGCCCUGGUCCCAACCCGCACUAAACAUCGACUUCUUAAUGUCGAAGGAUGGCAGAGAUCCAGGUCCUUCACAUGACUUCUUGGAUUGGUGGGUUCAGCAUGGUAAGAGAUUCUUUUCACCUGAGAUGUACCUUAGGGAUCCGAGAGCCGUGCCUAUUCCGGUCGAGGCGACACAGAGGGGUGUCGGACGAGUGCCUGAGAUGGAUCGUGUUGACGAUGUUCCGGAUAUGCGUCGGUUUGAGCGGAGAGCUCGUGUCGGGACAGGGUUACAUAGGAACGCUUUCUUGGGUGUAAUUCGAAUCACCCUAAUUCGAAUUACUCUGUGUGUGUAAUUCGAAUCAGGUUGAUUCGAAUUAGUGGGUGUGUGCAUGUGUGUGUAAUUCGAAUCAGUGUGAUUCGAAUUACAUGGAAAAGAAGUUCGAAUUAUAUUGAUUCGAACUAUAUAGAAAUAUGGACUGGUUGAUUCAUGAACCAGUUUUUGAUUUGGCUGAUUUGUGUAAAUAUUUCCUCCCCAUGGCUUAAUAUAGUGAUUUGCCGAUUAAAGAAAGCAAUAAACUCAAUCUAAUUAAUUCAACUAAAGUUAAAGCAAGCUAAAAAAUUUACAUGAAAAAGAAAUAAAAACCUGAAAAUGGAAAAAUGAAGAAAGCUAGAUGAGAAGAUGAAAUAGUAGCACUUGUGAUAGCCUCUACGAGUUCACAGUGGUUAGCUUCGCCGGAGAUACACCGGAGUUCCACGGAGGACGGGGAACUCACUAGUGGAAGAGAAAGAAAAGAGAAAAAGAAGAAAGAAAGUGAGAAGAGAGAGAAAGAGAGGUGGCGGUGGCUGACGGCGACAGGGUUGCCGGAAGGUGCCUGGGCGGGCGGGGCGACGCAGUAGCAGCAACUAGGAGAGAGAAUUAAGUUGUUGGAUCAACAAGGUGUUUGCCCUGUUUAGCACCCAGAACGGGGCUUGUGUGUACGCACACAGGUCCAUGCGUACGCACAAGAAGAAAAACAGAAGGGGAUGCGGUCGCACAUAGCGUGCGAGCGCUCCCAACAGAGGGUGUAACAAGGUUUGCGUACGCACAAAGCUGUGCGCUUGCACAGAUGAUUGAAAUUUUUUUCUUGGGGAAGGGUUAUGUGUGCGUGCACACACAGGUCCGUGCGCACACACAAGGGUGAAUUUUGUUAGGGGUUCAUGCGCAUAGGCUGUGCCAGCGCUCCCAACAAAACGGGUGCAAGCUGGUGUGAGGGCGCACACCUUUGUGUGGGUGCACAGAGAGCGCGAGAAUAGGGAUGUGUGCGUACGCACAAGCAGGUGCGCACGCACAAAGCGCAAGAAAAACAGGGGAGCGCCCACGCACAAGGCGUGAGUUUGCGAUGGACAGAGGGCGCAACAACUGGUGUACGUACGCACAGUGUGUGGUACGCACGCACACGAGACGAAAAAUAGAGGUUGCGUGCGUACGCACAAGUGUGUGUGCAUGCACAAAGCCCUGUUUUUACAAAAUUUUUUUCUCAAUUUCUGAGGUACUCAAUCUUAGCUCAAUCAAAAUUUCAACCCCAAACAUACAAACAUUCAAACAAUCAUGACCCAUAAGCAAAUUAACCUAUCUAACUCAAAAGAUUAAACCAAUCCUAAGCUAAUUAACAUGAGAAAAAGAAAUUAAGUCAAAGAACUAUAAACAAAAAGAGAACGGUUAGAACAAUGUUACCAUGGUAGAGUGUCUCCCACAUAGUACUUUGGUUUAACGUUCUAAGUUGGACUUGCAUGAGUUCAAUGAUCAUCCUUUGGAACCUCCCCAAGGAGGAAGAUUUCCAACUCCUUGGCAUGCUUGGGUUGUGUGUGGUCCAAUGAUUUAGACUCCUUGACAGCAUUUCCUUUUUCACGCUCCUUACUAGGCUCAACCACUUGAUCUUCAAUUAGGUCACAACAAAAGAUAGAGCAGAUUUCAAGAGUGGGCUUCUUGGAUCCAUCCAAAGUGAACUUCACUAUUUUUCCAUCGGCGUCAAAUGAGUAAGCUCCCGAAAAUGCAUCCAACUUGAAUCGAGACAUCUUCAAAAAUGGUUUCCCAAGGAGAAUAGAGGAUGGCUUGUCCGAAUCAAUUGGAGGGGUUUCCAAAAUGUGAAAAUCUAUUGGAAAUAGCAACCCUUGGAUAUUGACCAAUACAUUUUCCAAAAUUCCUAUAACCGACAAAAUACUUUUGUUCGCCAACACAAAUCUUGCUCCGGACCUCUUCAACGGUGACAAGUUCAACUUCUCAUAGAUAGGGAGGGGGCAUAAUACUUACACAAGCUCCCAAAUCACACAUGCAAUCUGUGAACUCCAUGCCACCAAUCACAUAAGUUACCAAAAAAGGACCGGGAUCAUUACACUUUUUCAGACUGAGAGAAGAAAUAGAGUCAUUUACCGGACUUUUGUUUAGGUCGGCAAUCUUAUCCUUAUGUGUGCAAACAUCCUUCAGGAAUUUGGCAUACUUUGGCACUUGUUGGAUAGCUUGAAAUAGAGGAAUGGUAACUUCCAUAUUCUUGAAAAUCUCCACUAUAUUGGAGUCAAGGUCUUCAUGAUUCUUAGCCUUUUUAGCCAACGUUGGGAAAGAAAUUGGUGUAGGAUCUUCAAGAAGGUUCUUCUUUUUGGGCUCCUUGACCUUUGAUAGUUCCUCCACGCCUCUUGUAACAUUUUCCUUCUCAUCUCUAGCCACCUACACUUCUUCUUCUAUUUCUUCAUUGUGGGGUUCUUUGCUCAAACUUUUAGGCUCAAGACCAACUUCAUCUAACUUGGUACCACUCCUAAGGGUGAUAGCAUUAAAGCUUCCCUUUGGGUUUGGUUGGGGUUGGGAAGGUAGACCGCUAGAGGUAGAAGCUUGAUGGGUAUUUUGAGUGUUUGAUGGAGAAAGAGUCAAACAGGAUAAAGCUUCGGCAAUGGUUGCCAUGUACGUUUCUUGCUUCUUAUGAAACUCCCUUUGCUCUUGCAUGAAGCUUUGAAGUGCAUCAUUCAUAUGAGGUUGAUUUGGAGAAGGAGGUUGAUUGUUUUGAGUGAGGUUAGGCCUAGUAUGUGGUGGUUGAUAUCUUGCUUCAUGUUAAGAAUGUGGUUGUUGAUUGGGUUGGGCAUGACAUGGGUUUUGUGGUUGAUAUGGUGGGUAGCGAGGUUGUGGUGUAAAACCAUUCUUUCGCCUUUCCCUCUAAAGAGAAAGGGAAAGCGAAAACCAUGGCCGCUAUCUCAUCCGAGCCAUGUCUUCUUGCCAUAGAGCACACAACUUGAAAGUUUUUCAACUGCUUGAGAGUGUAUUCCCCCAGUAACCCAUUAUAUUUUGGAAGUAAUUUGAUCAUACUCGUCUUGAGCUCAAAGUUGGCAUCUCGAUUUGGGUACUGAACUUGUACCGGUUGCAAGGUGAUGUCCGGGGCUCCGACCUCCGUUAAAGUAAUUCUCCGCGAUAGCUCUGCCAUAAUGUUGUCUCCUAAUUCACUCAAAGAAAUUUCAGCACUUUCGACAAAAGAAAGGUUCCCUCAUUAAGUGAAGAAUGAGGAUCACGGUUAGAAAGUGAUGGUGAAUUGGUUUGCUCUUCAAGAAAAUCCGAUUUACUAUGCACAAAUGCUAACCGGCGCCGAGCUUGCCUAAGAUGUGUUAAAGUCCUUAAUAUUUCAGGGUCAAAAGGGGCCGAGCUCAUGUCUGGAAGCGACCGUGUCAUUCAACUGAGAAAUCAACGAAAACAUGCAAUUACCAAAAGCAAAACAAGAAUAAGAGAAUAAACGAAAUCAACCUAAUGGUCAAUAACUACUAAAACUCUUUAGAUAGAGACGCCAUCUACCAAUUAGUGUCAAGUAACAAACAAAAAUCAAGUUUUUACACUAUUCACAUAUUCACAACAACCAAAACUAUAGCACUCAUUGCACUUAGUUCCCUGGCAACGGCAGCAAAAACUUGGUGGGUGGCCUAGAGCGGGUUAGGAAUUUUCCUAAAAAAUGGAAUAGCGUUGCAAGUAUAGCCCCAACCCAACAAUCGACCAACACUAAAGUUUAGAAUAACAAAUUGUCACAAUUCAAAAUAAAUAUAAACCGGGAGUUUUAAUUCCCGGGUCGUCUCCCAAGGACCAGUGAUCAAUGAGUACACAAUUUCGGUUGGGAAGGCAAACGGGAUUUUCAAUAAAAAGAUGAACAAUUAAAGGAAUAAAAACGCUCAAAAUUUCAAGUAAUAAACUAAUAAAGGAAUCAAAGAACUAUCUAUGCAAUAUGGACAAGUUAGAUAUAAAAGUGAUUGAUGUAUAUGUGUGAUUCAAAGCAUAAAUGGAAUCUUGGCUUGGGAUGAGCUAGGGGUUCCUUUCCUUGUUGCAACCACAACUAUGAUAAUUGUAAUGGAUUAAUCUCACUUAGUUAACUCUUACAUUGAAGAGUAGGUCAAGUGAGCAUAGUUGUUCUUAAUCCACAAAUCCUAACUCACUUGCUAAUUGCCUUAACAACAAGUUAGUGUUAGUGGAAACAAGAACAAUUAAUAAUCCAAGAAUUAUCACUAAAUGUUAGACAUUUCAACUCUAGGAACCCAUAUGCUCAUUUUUUCCAAGUCAAGAGGUAGAAAUUUAACUCAUAAUCAAAAGUGACAUUUCCACGAACACUUGGUGGGCAUAAACACAAAUCAUGACAAAAUUGAGAAAAUGCUUGCAACUAUGAGCAAAAAUUAAUCAAAAGCAACAAUAGCAACUCAACCAAGCAUGUAAUAAUUAUCAAUCAUCAAAAUCAUCAACAAGAGAUCAAAAUUGCAAAAAGUAUAUGUUUUAACACUAUGACUUUAACUACAAGAAAGAGUAUCAAAAUUGUAACUAUAAAAAGUAGUAAUUAAGGAAUACUUACAAUGGAGGCAAGGAAAAAUCCAAGAUCAAAAAUGAAAAAUGGCAUUUGAAAUGUAAACCCUUAUAGAAGCCUAAUGGUGUUGAGAGAAAACUUAAAGAAAAACUAAACCUAAAGCCUCCUACUACUAUCUGCACACUACUCCUAAUGAUAUGCUCUUAUUCUCCAAUGUUUGCCCCUUGCAAUAUGAGCUCUAGUCAUCAGAAUCGGGCCUCCAAGCCCUCAAAACGCGAGUCACGUGUGUUUUUAAUGAAGGCAUCCACAGCUACUUGUGCGCACGGACCCUUCGUGAUAUUUUGGAUGUUCGUGUGACGCGCAAGAUGCUGUGCACUUGCACACUUCCCUUUGCGUUGCUACCUGUGCGUACGCAAAAGAGGCUGUGCGCACCCACAUAUCGCGAUGAUCUUCUCCUUCGUUUCUUCAUGCUUCUUCCUCCUUGCAUGCUCCUUUUCCAUUCUCACCAAGUCAUUCCUACCUUAUAUAUCUGAAAUCACUCACCAACAAUAUCAAGGUAUCGAAUGGAAGGAAAAUGGAAUAAAAUAGAUCAAAUUAAGCAUAAAAGAGCAUGUUUUCACAACCAAGCAUAAUUUAGGAGGAAAGCUCAAAAGCAUUCUAUUUAAGGGAAUAAGUGUAGGUUUAUAUGAUGAAAUCCUCUCAAUUCUAACAAAAAAUUAUUGUAAAAUAUGGAUUCAUCAAUUCCCCCACACUUAAACACUGGCAUGUUCUCAUGCUAAUCUCAAUAAAAGGAGAUGAAUGGAAGGGCAAACAAUUUAUUUAAUGUACUAGCUAUAUGCAUGCAACUAUCCUAGAUAUUACCUACUAAUAUCUAUUCUACUGAAAGUUGGUAGAAACAAAUUAUGAAGUUCCAAUCAAUGCCAAGAAAGCCUUACGGCCAAGGCAAAGAGUCAAUGCACUAUGAUCAAUGUCCAAAGAAUUGAAUUGAAAAUUCCAAAACUAACAAACAACUUGUGAGAAGAUACAAUAUAAGAGAUACGAACAUAGAAUUGAGCGAUCGAACCCCUCACUGCAUGUGUAUUUACGCUAUUCGCUCAGUGUUUACGGCUUAAUCAGUCAAUUCUCCUUUAAUGUUUUUCAAAGAUUUGCAAGUCAUCUAACAAUCAACUAAUACUUGAUUCAUAAAAACAAAUAUCAUGAGGUCCUUUGGAGAGUUGUAAUGGGGUUAGGGUUAAGGUAGGAUUAAUAUAGUUAAGUGGACUUAGUAAAUUAGAUCUUUAUUUAGCUAAAGUGUCCCAUCUAAUCCUAUAUCACCCUAUAUAUACAUAACAAAACAACCUAACUUCCCAUUUAUCCCUUUUCUCAGAUUCACUCAUGCAUUUUUCUUUGCAAAAUACAAAC